GGAAUGGAGCAACGCCCUUGUUUGAGCAAUAACCGUUACACGCAUGCCUUUAUGGGAUAGACGGUUUCGCUAUUAGCAGUCAUUAACGUUAACGACUUGAUGUUAACACCUUUUUAAGUUGUGAUCAUAUUCGAGUUGCUGAUGAUUGCCAAUGGAUACUUGUUUAGACUAUAGAGGAGAAACUAUUUGAUCUGACUUGCACCCUCUUGAGCGUUUUUCUUUCGGCUUUGGAUCUAUAUCACGCUGCAGGUUAAAAACACUGAACAUUUUUUUAAAGCAACUAUCGACAACAAACAAGAAAAACAGAAAACAAAAGUUAAAAUCAUCACUAGACGGACGAUUCAUCACUUUUUUGCGUUUUAUUUACAAUGUUCAAAUUUGAUAAGUCGCAAUAGUCACUGUUGAUACUCGUUCAUUGGAAGACUCAUCUGGAUUUCUUUCAUUGCAUUCGUCAAAUCACAACAAAAUGUCGCUGCCAGGGUGACGAUACAUUUAUUUGAACUGGUGAAUUGACUAUAUUAUCAAUUAAUGAUAUGAAGGCCUAUCCAGCACAAUAAUUAAUUGUUCAUGAUUAGCUAAACGUUGUUAGCUAAUGGAUUGCUGAUGCCAGACGUGGAUCCUACACUCUUGUUUUGUUCUCGAUUUGCUUGAAAGGUCCACCAGAUACUCGUCAUCAUGGCGCUUGCUGUAAACUCGAGAUUCUCUUCACGACCGUCCUACUACGCAGAGGAAAGCCAACCAGCCGCCGAGACUCGACCCUUCUCCUACCUCAAUCGUCCUGGUAACCCUCGGGUACCUGCGGUUAUACGCGAUCAACCACGCGUCGAUUCGGACAUAUAUUUUUCGACUCCGAAUGUAGCGGAAUACGGCGGUGAGCGUCCUCCACCUCGACCUCCACGUUCGCCGAAAUUCACCAGGGUUUCUCCAUCGAAGCCUCCUCGAACGCCGCCAAGGUCUCCACUAGCUGGAAGGGCUCACUUGGCAUAUACUCAAUCCGAUUCGGAUUUACAUAGUCAUGCCGGUCUUCGAGUACCCGGUCAGGCAAGGACACCACCUCCGUUAACUCCUCCUCAUGGGUUCGGAUCCAAACAGCGUUUCUUUCCUUGUGAAGAGAGGCUCCCACGAUCGCCUAGGAUCCCACCUAGGAGCUUCCACCCUCCUGAUGACACACCCGCUGUUCCUCCAAGAUCUCCACGGCUUCCCCCAAAGCCGAUGAAGCUCUCUCAGCUCCCACCUCCCAUACCCCAACCCCUCGCUGGCAGAUCUAUUUCAAACCGAUCGGACAGGUCGGAGCGCGCCAUCUUGCAUGACCCACGAACCGACGUCAAGAAGAUGACGCGACAGACAAGUGCAGAUACUGUUCGGAUCGCUGCCCAGACCGAGAGAGAACUGCUCAGAUCCGCGCCUCCACCUCCUAAAUCUACCCCACCGAUCAUGGAACAGCCAAAGUCAUCUCGAAUUCCGACCGACGAAGUGCAGAACGGAGGAAAAGGUGGAAAGGGGUCGAAAUCAAAUAAAAAUAACAAGGCAGGUAAUCGGGAGGCGUUUGAGAUGGAAAACCCCAAAGAAAAGAAAGGUUGUUGCAAUCAGUGUGCGAGAAUUUGUGUCGAUGAUGGUCCAGAGUUCAUCAUAGAGCUGUGCCUCGACUGAAGACAUUCGCAUUCGGUUGCACCUGACAUACAGCUCGAAUGGAGUAUCAUCUGUUUGCGUAAGGUAUACCUGACUGGUCAAGACAUCACACGACGCUAAUGCACAAUCUUGCACGACCAUUUUCUAAAGUAAUUUGGUUUGACAGUGGGAAAUGCAUUCCAAUCCAAUAUGUCGAUGAUCUAAGAACGGUUUGACAAACACAGAAUGAACACAGGAUACUUAUUUUCCAUCGUGGCUAGCGAAGACCAAAAGGAUGAUGGUGAUUGAAAGAAAAAACCUUGACCUCGACCGUGGAAACUUCAUUCCUAUCUGACCGGUGACUACCAUAUCUACUGUAUCACAGAAAGUAGAACGAGUAAGGAAACUUAUCACCAUAAUUUUAGAUAGCUAAACAGAUCGCCAACGUCGACUAAAAAGAAAAUGACACUUAAAAGCAACAAAAAAGUUAGGAACGAGUUUUCGUGCUAUAUUCUUAACAACUGUAUUCUAAGUCAACAAGAGACUGGUAAGGACUAGCGGAAUAUAAAGACAACUUUAGGUGACGAGCGGAUAUGACCUUCAGCUGUUCAAAUUCGUUAAGCAAAGCUUGAACGUUUUUGUUUGGUUUUAACAAAGAAGCCAUUACCGUUGAGGUAACAGAACUGCCCCGAUGUUACAGUGCCACAUCGUAACAGAGUGUGACGUUUUGUGGUGUCGUGGGUUACACAGAUAGCAUACGGAAGCGAGUUGUACCGUCGAUCACAUCAUAUUGACUCAUAUCUUCUGCGAUUGGUGAAUGCUUAGAGUGUGGACCAUAAUGUCGAACUUCAUUACUUGCCAUGGAUUGACAACGACAACAUUUUAGUUGCAUUAUUACUGUAAUAGGUUACGCAUAGGGAGACCUUCAAGGCAUAUUAUUGAUCAUACUUACGAAUAUUGGUAUUUACCAAAGGAUGUUAUUGUGCUCAUAUUCAAACAAAAAUACACGUUGUACUGACUUUUUUUACCAGUUGUUUAGCGAGGGCCACUGGGGAAGGGCACCGUAAAUAUCACGUGUAUAAAGUGCGAGAGGGCGAGGCCAUAGAGUGGGGUCCGGGAGGCAAAGAAGGGGGUCGAAUUAUUUCGUUCCCUUUCGUUUCCCUCUCUCUUCCCCAUUUUCUUUCUAUUUUGUUAGAAAUUCAGAAGUGGUAUGUGCCCAGUGACCCCCAUAGUGACGCCAUUAUAUCUUACAUUAAGUAUGCAAUGAACGAAUCAAGUCGAUGACAUCGUUGGGAAUAACCUUCGCCUUAGGUAUCAGGUAUAUCAGUCUGUAAUCGUUUACAUUAUUAUCAAUUCUGCUGAUUGAACAGCAUCCUUGGCUACACAUUAUAUCCUCCUUUAAAGUAUAAUGUCACCGUUUCUGAGCUGGAAUUUUGGUUAGAUGUUGUAUAUGAACAUUAUCGCAAUUAUCAUUAUGGUAUGGAAAGUCUAAUGUUUAUUACUAAUUGGUGUAAAAGACAAUGACAUCUUUUUGCCAUCAAAACUUGGACAGAUAAACUCGCAUUUAGCAGUCACUCUUCAUCUUGUUGCUUCCGUAUUCUUGGUAAAAUGAAAUUUAUAUCAAUUACAUUGAUAUUCCUUGAUACAGGGCUAACCACAACCGCAAUUUUGAUCGCUAGAGACUGAUAAAAAAAAAUGACAGCUAGAAAAAUCAAUGAGAUGUGAAUUUUUGUGAGUUAAUAUCCUUUGUAGUGGUGAUUUUACAAGGUUCCUUGUUUCGGAAUUUAGUGGUUACCGUUGAGGCAUUGUUAUGAGAGAGAGAGAGAGAGAGAGAGAGCGAAAUAUUUAAUUGCUAGUCUUUAGACAAUUGUCAAGCCACAGAGAGAUUUCGUACAUUUUUUAAAUGGAAAUAAAUCCCUGAUCCCUUGGACUCUUUUUUUUUUGUUUCACAAGGGAGACCCAGUGGGGCAAUUGAAUUUGACAUUUAAAUGUUGUUUUUUCUAUCAAAUAGUCUUGCGGUCUUCGAUUCGCUCGAACAGGAAAUGUUGGCAAAUAUAUUAUACAUGUAAUUAUUAGAGCCUUUAUCGAGAAAUGUAAACAAUUAAUACUUUUCUUUCUUUUGCUUCUUGGAAAAUUUCGGCUGGUUUUUCGGAAAAUUUCUUGACUGAUCUUCGAAAAAAUGCUCCCCAAUUUCAUCCAAAAUGUUUAGUGGGAUUCCUAUGCUCAAUCGAUGGCAGGUAUGAAUAAUACAGGCUAACUUUCAUGUAAAAAGGAUUUUAUUUUCAGUAUCCUUCGUGAAAUUCAAUUCCUGAUAAUUAAAUGUAGUUCUGAGUUGUACAAAGUAGCAUGACUUUAUAUCCCUUUUCUGGCAAUUACCAGAAUGAUAUAAGCCAUUCUAUUUUGAGUUGAGUUUGACAUUACUAUCGGGUUGAAAUGAAGAAUAACAAAUAAGUUACUGAGAUUCCAAUGUGACUUCAGAGCUAGGUUAAGAAUCUGUCACCUCAUUAUUUGUAUCCUCCGCCCUUAUAGUUGGUUAGCGGAUACAUAGUGUGUCUCCUGUCAAUGUUUCUAGCAAAAAAAUUACAAAUUAAAGGGGCCCUUUAUGGUGUAUUUCCUUCCACCCUCACUCUUCGUCGCCUUACAGAUCUCACCCCUUAACACCUGCAGGGAGACUACAAGAUAGGUUACAGAAUGCACGAACUCCCCUUCUAGAAUUGAUUUUCUUUUUUUUGAUAACUUUAUUGAACGGCAAACAAAAGAUGACAUCAUAAUGAAAUGUGAUAUUAGCCCUGAUCCAUAAUACAGAAUAGCUAUGUAAGGUAUAGGUCAUUUAGGGCCCCUGUUUUAGGUCAAGUAUUAUGAUUUCAAAUUGUUAAUAUUUCAAAGAUUUUGGCAAGCAAAUAGUUUAAAAGUUGACUUUUGUGUGUGCAAGUCUUAUUGCUGGCGACUUUGAUAUAUUAAACGUAUCUUUUAAAUGAGUUAAAUUCAAAGCGAGAAAAGACACAUGAGAAAUGUUAAAAGACAAGCAGGGUAGUAGUUGAAUAUGCAUUCGAUUGCUUGUAAUUUUUUCCAUUCUUUCUUCAUGAAUGAAUCUUUCUUGAAUGCGAGUCUCGUUUUAUGAAAAGUAAUAUGUUUCAGUGCAAUAAACAUCAUAUUAUUUUAUAGAAAUCAGAGUGACUAUGAAUUUCGUCUCGUCUCGCAUGAACCUUUUUAUCUGUUUGUCUCUGUCGGUCUCUCAUUAUAUAUCUCUCUCUCUUUCUCUCUCUCUCUCUCUCUCUCUCUCCUCACUGUGUUUCUCCGUGUCUGUUUGUCUCUUUUUCGACCUCUUUGUCUCCCCCUCCCCCUUCUUUCUUAAGCAAUAUAUUAUGUCCAUCUAUUUC